UUUUAAAAAUGUAUUUAACUCUUCUAAAUGGCACCGGUUAUGUUUUCAACGUGGAUGAUUACAUGGAGCUGCGAACAAAACAUCGAAUAAUGGGUGCUCCUGUGGGCACCGCAAACACCAAGGGCUGGAGCCCCAAUCAGUCCAAUUUACCUGUAGAGCUGACGAAAUUCGAAACCCAGUUGGUGUUGGAUGAGCACAUAGCCAAACUGGUGGAUAAAUCUGAGGCUUUGAAAGUUGCUCCUACGCCAGAUGAAGCAGUGGAAUGGAAGGCACAGUUUGACUCCCGUAUUGCUGGCCAAUCGGAGACUCUAAAAGCGGAAAAACUACGGGAGACUGAACGCUAUAUGGAUAAAAUCCUGGCGGGGAAGCGCAACAAGUUGGUAAAGCAGGGGCAACUGGAUAAAGCUGCUGCCCUUAGAAGUGAAGAUGUCCUCAAUGAAAUGGCCCAAAACUUUAAGUUCGAUCCUCAAAACGCUCUGGUGGAAGUGCCAUGUGAGCAUCUGUGCAGGCAUUCUGGAAAAAUUAUUAGCCAUCCCCUCGUGGACACCAGCUCAUUGAAAUAUCGAAUUUUUAAGGAUCUGUGGAAGCGAGGAAAGUUCGUGACUUCUGGGGAUGCCUUUGGAGCAGAUUUUCUUGUCUAUCCUGGAGAUCCUCUCAUCUACCAUGCCUCGCACAUUGUCAUUAUCCAGGAGACACCGAUUAUCAAGCCACUGGACCUGGUGGCCAAGGUUCGUCUCUCGGUGAUAGUCAACAAGAGCUGUGUGUUUGCCUAUGAGGGCGACGAUGGCGCGGGAAUCCAUUACCAAACUGUGACUUGGUGCAAUCCCAGCAAGUGA